CUAUCCCGGCUUCGACAGUAGUACGCAGCAGAUCUCGAGGUCAGAUAACAAUAUGAUCAGACUAAUGAAUGAUAUUUUGCUCCGCAGCUUGCUGACUUGUUCUACGGGGCUAUUGUUUUUCGAAUGAAGUUCUCUACGCGAAUUGGGGCGGAGUUCUUGGCUCUCGUAUGUCCGUGACAUCACGCCGUCUGAAGCUCCAACUGUUUUGGAACAUCUGAACAUCUCACAACGAACCACGGGGAAAAGAUGGUAUAUUCCUUUACUCUCCCCACGACUUCUCAUCUCUCGUUUCAGAAAUUUCUCUCCUCUAGUACACAUCCUUCUCUCCCACAAGCCGCUUCGACAGCUCGUCAUGCAUUGCGCCUCGCUCUCAAAGCUCACAAGCACCUACCCCGCGCGCAACGCGAGACACAUCUCCCCACCGUCCUCGCUGCAUUGAACAAUUACCUGCCUUAUCUAUUUGCUCUCUCCCAUGGACUGAGUGGGAAACCCAUUGGAAAUGCUCCUUCUGGCGGCAGCGGCGUAGGAGAGGAGGUAGAGAUUACACUCCGUGCGGAAAUCGAGGUUGAAUGGCGACCAACAUUGACUUCUGGCUCGUCGAUACUGAGGGGUGUAGGCGUGUACGGAGGCAGCACGUCUCGUGUCCAUGGACGAGGUCUUGAUUUUGAAAUCGCUUUUACUCUUACUACGUUGGGAUAUGUUCUGUCGGGAAUCGCGAGGUCUGGAGUGUUAAGGACCUUGUAUGCGGCACGUACCCCAACGGCGGAACAGCGUACGGCGGCGGUUCAGACAGCAACGAAGCAUUUGUUACAAGCCAGCUCCGUACAUUCCUUCCUGGCGUCUUCACCGUCCUUUGCGGCAUUGACUGCGCGUAAGUCCAGUCGAGGCCGAGGUGGUGACCGGGAAAGUUCUACGCCGUCAGCUCCCGCGGGGGUUGUACCAGACCUACACCCUGCUACACAGGCAGCUCUGGCAACCCUAGCUCUUGCAGAGGCGACUUUGUUGGCUGUUCUGAAAGACGAUGCCUACGUGACAACCUGCAUCCAAGCUCGCAACCCUCGCGAUAAGGAUUGGAUGGUCCGGGCACCCGAAAUCCCUAAAGUCAGGGCGUUGCUCUUCGCGCGUCUGUGCGUCCGCGGGGCGGAAUAUGCAGAGCAAGUCGCGGCGGGUCUAGGGACAGUCGGGGCAGAUGGAAGGAAUAGUGCCGCAGCUGAAAAGAUCGACGAGGAUCUCGUCAGAUAUGCGCGUACAUUGGGCAAAGUCGCGCGGGCUAGAGCUUGUCGUUUUUUUGGAGUAGAUGCGGAGUUAUCAGGAAAGAUAGGAGAAGGGAUUGCAUGGCUAAGAGCUGCUAAGGCUGUCCUCGGGUUCAAGAGCUCCCUGGCCGGGGACGAAGAGGCUGCUACAAAGAGUAGUAAAGGCGGGCUGGCCAGGCUAAAGCGGGAGUGGGCGGAACGUAGAGAAGAGAAGAAGAUGGAGAAGGAGGCAGGAAGUGGAAACACUGGCGAGAAAGGCGCCUUGGAACCAGGCGAUGAUGCAGGCCGAGAGGAAGAAGGCCGGGUUAUUGACAUGCUGGAGACGAAGUGGGUGAAGAUGAACGAUACUGUCAGCACACAAUUAAUCCCGGCAGCAACGGGCCUCCUCUCUAACCUCCCGUCUGGUCGAGAUAUCCAUUCACCCCCCGCGCCAUAUACGCCUCCUUCGCUGGACGAGGACGACCUGGUGCGAAUGCGCGCACCACCUGAAGAGGAUGAACUCUUCUCAGACAAUGAUCCGGAUAGUGAUGAUGAGACCAGCCCUGCUGGAGGUAAAUAUACCCCCGGUGCUUUCCCGGGAUCGCGAACACUCUCCCGUGCGGAGUCGACUUCUUACUACUGAAACUUUGGGUGUUCUCGUGUCAUACUUAGAUCUGCGGACCAUAUAUGGGAUGAUACAAGGAUAAGAUACCCCCGUAUGAAGCAAGAUCAGGUCAAAACAAGUAGGUCCGCAUGGAAAAUCGAAACCAAAAAAAGAGAUGUCAUGAUUUAUCGCGUGCACGCAAGUAAAACCAAGAAAGACGAGCUUGCUC